GCUCAUGUCCCCCUCGUCAACAGGAACACCCUUCGACAUGGCCCGGAUGCUGUUCCUCAUCUUCAUCACGGUCCAUCCAGGAUCCUGUGCUCUCUGGGUGUCCCAGCCCCCUGAGAUCCGUACCCAGGAGGGCAGCCCUGCCUUCCUGCCCUGUUCCUUCAAUGCCAGCCAAGGGAAAUUGGCCAUUGGUUCUGUCACGUGGUACCAGGACAAAGUGGCCCCAGGGAAGGAGGUGAGGAAUGAGACCACAGAGUUCAGGGGCCGCCUGGCCCCUCUUCCGUCUUCCCGUUUCCUCUGUGACCACCAGGCUGAGCUGCACAUCUGGGACACCCGAGCCCGUGACACCGGAGUCUACGUGUGCAGGGUGGAGGUGCUGGGCCUGGGUGUCGGAACAGGGAACGGGACUCUGCUGGUGGUGGAGAAAGGACCUCCUCAGCUAGCUGCCGGCACAGUCUUCCUCCUUCGGGCUGGGUUCUAUGCCUUCAGCUUUCUCUCAGUGGCCAUGGGCAGCACCAUCUAUUACCAGGGCAAAUGCCACUGUCACAUGGGAACACACUGCCACUCCUUGGAUGGCCUCUGA